UUCCAUGGAUAUAAUUUGGGCUUUUAGUGGGCUUGUAUUGUGGGCCUUAGCCUUCGAUUUGUUUUUCUAACUUCUUUUGCCCUUUUGCAUAUGUACAGAACUUCUUUUUUUUUGGUCAACUGCAUAUGUACAGAACUUUUUAGUAUUGGAAUGAAAAGUCAAUAGUUCUGCGUUAGGUGCAGGGAAACUUUGAGGAGAUGUCACAUUCUCUAUUCCAAAACAAGAAACUUGAAAGUCAUGGCUUCAUAUAAUUUUAGUUUGCACAGACAGGGCCGGCUGAGGCAUAGGGGCAAGGAGGCGUGGACCCAGGGUCCAAAUUUUUUUUUCCAUAAUUAGUGUUAAAAUAGGAUCUGAUUUUCAAAAAUAAAAUUUAAAAAAGGUCUAAAAUUUUUAGGUUAUUCAUAGAGUAUAUGUAAAAUUUGUUUUGAAAAACUAUUUUUACCCAAGGGCCCAUAAUUUAUGGGCCGGCCCGGUGCACAGUUUGGCUUUAUUAGAGCAUGAUUAACAGAGUUUUUUUUUUUGUCUGAUUUUAAAGAAAAAAUAAAAACGAAUCAAUCGCGGAUCGCCACGUGCCAGUGGAGUCCACGAACGGUAAAGAACCCAAACAAAGUCGACUUUUACGGAAGAAGAAGAGCUGGUUUUUAUCAAAAUCGUGGAACCCACCUCUUAAGAACCACUUAAGAGACAGGCUUAACGGUGGUCUUAAGUUUGUUAAAGAAAUUAAGAAUAUUGAAUCAUUUUCAAAAAUUCAAGUCCCAUUUACCUUUCAGUUUCUGUAUGUUUUCCUAAAAUGUGUCACUAUUAUAAAAAUCACUGUUUUUAUUAUUCUUCAUGCAUGCUCACAUAAGAGAUAAGAACACAAAAUGCCAAACAAUGAAGCAUUUAAGCAAAUAUAUUUUAUGCUUAUUGAUUAAUUAGUUUCUUUCUAAUUAUCCCAAAAAGGAGCUGUUGCACUCCAGCUCUGGCACCAUCAUCUCUCAACGUUAUUUCUUUCUUUGUUAAAUCAAAGAAGGAAAGUACAGAGACAGAUUCUCUUCCAUCUUCUUCUUCAAGAGAGAGGAAGAAGAGCUCACGAUACAAAAAACCCCGUCUCAGCACCUCCAUUGACAGACCUGAAGCUAUGCUUCGUCGUCAAAACCGUUCAGCACCUCUUCCUCCGGACUUAAAGUCUCUGUCUUUAAGCGUUUCCUUCAAAGGGUGGAGGCUCCCGAACAGAAAGUUCAAGUCUUGGGCACUCAAAAUGUCAUCUUUACACAAACCCACAUGGAUACAAGCUGGCGUUUUCGAAGCAAUCAUGGCAUCCACCAAAGGAUUCAGUAAAGACACAGAUCUCCUUCUGGGUAUCGCUGAGAAAUGGUGUCCAGACACCAACACAUUCAUCUUCCCUUGGGGCGAAACCACCAUAACACUAGAAGACGUUAUGUUCCUUCUAGGCUUCUCUGUUCUGGGCUCCCCUGUUUUCGCCGCUCUCGAUGAAUCAGGAGAGAGGGUUAAGGAGAAAUUGGUGAAAGAGAGUCUGAAGAUCAAGAAAGAUAAUAACUUUGUGUUCGUUAGUCAAGUAGAGUGGAUGAGGAGAUUCAUGAAUGAUGAUGAUGAGCUUGAGCAUGUGGCUUUCCUUGCGUUGUGGCUAAGCUAUUUUGUGUUUCCGUCUGCUUAUUAUCAUAUAGAUGAAGCUGUUUUCUCUGUUGCUGUUCAUGUAUCAAGAGGGACUAGGAUUGCUCUUGCUCCUGCUGUUCUUGCUCACCUCUAUGCAGACCUUACUCUCUUGAAACGCCACAUUAGAGAGUUCAUCACCAUAGAGGACAAGAUUGAACUGAAGGGGUUGUUUAAGUUGGUUCAGGUUUGGACAUGGGAGAGAUUCAAGGAGCUGCAACCCGAAAAGGCUAACCCUUUGCUCAAAGGUGAGGCGAGAUUGAGUAUUUGGUGUGAUCUGACGAAGAAGAGAAGUAGCAAUGUGAGGGAGGUUCUUGAGGAGUCGAAAACGGAGAGCUUUGAGUGGCGUCCUUACACAAAGGCUUUGGAGAAUUGGAGGUUUCCUCUGUUUUACCCUGAGGAAGCAAUGUGGGUUCCUGUUGCUGCUUAUCUUGACGAUGAGUUUAUCACUUUUGCUCGAUGUGUCAAGGUGUCUAAGCUUGUUGGGAUUGAUUGUGUGGAGCAUUACUUUCCCAAUAGAGUGGCUGCACAGUUCGGUCUGCUUCAGGAUGUUACUUGUCAUGUGAACAUGAAUAACAAACUCUCGAAAGAGGAAGCUUGGGAUGAGUACAAUAAGCCUCUUGAUGAACUGACAUUGUACAUUCCUUCUCGUUGUGUUAUACCUUGGUGGAAGAAGUCGUCUUCUGAGUGGUGGAAGAAGUUGUCUCCAGAAUUUCAGCGUUCUCCCAAGGAGAAUCAAGCUGUUGAAUCAGCUGAAUCAUUGACACCAAGAAACAUCAUAGGUGAUGAUGAUGAUGAUACAUUUGAUUCUGCUUCUUCAGGUUGUAAGAGAUGGAAGUCAAUGAACCGAGUUUAUGAGGAUGAUGAAGAUGAUAGCCUCACCGUUGCUCAAGUAAUGAGACUUAGAAAGAAGGAUACUUCAAAGGUACUGCUAUUAAGUGAAGUGCUUAAGAAGUUGGGAGAUGGGUUUCCUGAAAAACUCAAAAGAUCUAGAUAUCUUAGAACAAGGAGAAAUGUGAGAUCAGAGAUAGGAGAUUGUGGUGGAUCAGUUUCAAAAGAAGCGACACUCGGUGACUUGUUUCACAAGGAACUAGGGAAGGGGAAGAGUGAGUGUUUGGGAAACAAGCGAGCUCGUAAUGAGGAAGAUGAUGAGAGUUGUUAUGAUGACAUUACCAAUGCUGAGAUGAUCAGAGUUGAAGAAACAGAAACCAGAAGCAAAGCAGCUAAUGAGAACAACUCCUUAGAUCCUCCUCUUGGUGCUAACGUAGAAGUAGUUGAAACUGUUGUGUCACCACCAGAGACAAGGCAAAACUGUGAUAACGAGGUUAAUUUAAUUGGAAUCAAUGCUGAGAAGAAGAAGAGGACUAUGGUUAAGGAAGCAGAGUGUUUGCUCCAUGUAGAUAAAAAUGAGAUGGAAGAUGGUGAUGAUACUGGUGAAAGUUUGAAGCAGAGGAAUCUUGCAAUAGAGGAGAUAGCAUUGACACUAGAGGCACGUAUGAUGAAGGUGGAGAAGACUUUGGCAAAGAUUAGAGAAUGGAAAACCUUAGAAAUAAAGGGGGCCAAAACCUGAACAAAUAAGAAAUUUGUGCUUAGGAUCUCAUGGAAGUAAAAAAAAAAAAAUGUCACACAUUAUCAAUCUUUGGUGUCAUUUCUUUUGCUCUCUAGUCUCUAGAGGACUUGCUUAUUAGGCACAAAUACUUUUAAUAUUUUGUGUGUUUUUUUGUUUAGGGGAAAAUUGCAUUUUAAACACUCAGAAUGUCAUUUUCUAGCACUUUAAACACUAAAGUUAUUUGACUAACACAUUAAACCUUCAAAAUGACAUUUUUAUCAUAAUAAACUUCCAAAGACGUUUUCAUGUUCAUAGACGACCGGUACUGUUCAUUUUACAUGUCAAA